AUGACGCCUGCGGAGCGUCUGCGCAAGAACCAGCGCAUGCUCGACAAGGCGAUACGAGAACUCGACCAGACCCGCGUCAAGCUGGAGAAGCAGGAGAAGACCCUGAUACAACAGAUCAAGACAAGCGCCAAGAACGGUCAGAUGGGCGCGUGCAAGAUUCAGGCCAAGGACUUGGUUCGUACCCGGCGGUAUAUCGAGAAAUUCUUUGCCAUGCGAAGCCAGCUUCAAAAGAUUUCACUGCGGCUCCAGACCUAUCGUACCAACGAGCAGAUGAUGCAAGCCAUGAAGGGAGCCACCAUGGCUCUUGGUAGCAUGAACAAGUCGAUGAAUCUUCCUCAACUCCAGCGGAUUGCCAUGGAGUUUGAGCGCGAGAACGACAUCAUGGAACAGAGGCAGGAGAUGAUGGAUGACGCCGUCGACGAUGCCAUGGACGUUGGCGUCGAGGAGGAGGGAGACGAAGUUGUCGAUCAAGUCUUGGAAGAGAUUGGGAUCGACUUUAACCAAGCUCUCGGCGAGACACCGACAGCCCUGGGAACCUCUGCUGUGUCCGAGGGUAAAGUUGCACAAGCGGUUGGUAGCAACACCGGCGGCGGCGGCGGCGAUCCGGUUGACGAUGAUCUCCAAGCCCGACUUGACAGCCUGCGGAAAUGA